ACGGAUAAGAAUCUUUGGGACAAAUAUUCAUUUGUCGCCUAUGCAUAUGAAAGCUUUGAAUAAUUUGAUCCAUAACAAAAUGGUUGAGGAGAUGAGAGGGAGAGAGAGCGAGGCCCAUCCACAACCAUGUGUGCUGAGGAUUGAAUAUCUGGAAAUGGGCUGGUGCCUGCUGUUCCUCAACACUUUUGAUCAAUAAGAUAAUGUCACUACACAUUUACAUGAUUCUUGUGGAAGGGUUAUGUAGGCCUUAGCCAGAUUGGCCAACUGUGACCAUGACCCCACCAACCCACAUGACAUGAUCACCCCAUAUAUCUUAACUCACCCAUCCUAUUCCUUACUUUUUUUCCUUAUAUAAUCAUGUAUAUCCACAAGUUUUGGAGAACAUGAAAAAGAGAGAGAGAAAGAUACAUAAUUGAAAAUAUUAGAAACUCUUUUUACAUAUAUCAAAUUAGAGAACUAUUCUAGUUGUUACACAAAUAUGGAGGUUGCAAUGGAACUGGAAGAUGAUCUAUUUUUUGCUGAUUUGAGCAAGGAAAUUGCUCUCCUAAUCAUGGAUGAAGAUGAAGACCCACUUGCUUGUUGUCCUGUAGACUCUAUUCAGACUUUUUCUGGGGCAAUUCAUCCUCCUCCACAGUUUACUUUCCUCUAUGACCAUGCUUUGAGAAGAGAAAGCAAAGGGACAGGGGUGUUUAUACCCCAGAUAACACAGCCAAGAAGGAAGCAGAGGAAAGGAAGAUCUAGUUCAUACACAAAAUAUCAAAAGCAGUCUCAAGAUACAAGAAUGGAUUCUCAAAUUCCUAACAAGAAUUCUUUCAAACAGAGAAAUGGUUGAAGAUUUAUAGAUCCUUCUAAGAGUUUGCUUAAUCUUACAAAUUCUACUGAUUAUUUUCUCUACCAAGUUUGAUAAUUUGUGUGUCUAAUUCUUUAGCCUUUAGGCAAUAAUUCUAUGGUUAAUUAAUUUCUAUUAUUUAUAUAUAUAGGUAAAUGUACAUGGGAAAGCCAUAUAUACCUAAAUAGUAGUCAUCAUAUAGGAAGGUUCACCCAAGGUUUUGUAACCCUCCACUGUGGACAAGCAUUUCGUUGUUAUCUGGGUUCUUAUGAUAAGUUUGUCCUUGUUUCCAUGAUAUUAAUGAUACUAUUUCCUUCAUAUUUUUU